AUGCAACCCUUUGUUGAACAACCACAAUUCCUUCUCGAACCCAAAUCCUCGUUUAUAUUCGAAAAUCGCCCGAUCAAACUUGAAUGUAAAGCAAUCCGUACGCGUCAAAUCUUCUUCAAUUGUGAUAAUAAAUGGGUGCCUGAACAAGAACAUACAAAAUCAACAGAGACCAAUGAUAAAGGCCUAAUUACCGUUGUCACAUCUAUUGACAUCACUGCUGCACAACUUGAAAGUCAACUUGAUUCUAAUGGAUAUAAAUGUUUUUGUCAAGCAUGGUCGGCAACAGGUGGAACAUUGAA